AUGAAUUCGAUAUUAUGUACAACAACUUCAAUUAUUGCUCGAAAUCCAUCAAUGGUUUUAUCCAUCAGACCGAAUUAUCACCAUAAUACCGAUAUAAAUGUAACUUCAUUAGCAACUGGAAACGUAAUUCGAUCGUCGGGUUUAGUAAAUCUUGAAGCUUUUGCAGCUCUAAACUCUGUCGAUCCCGACACUGUAAAUCUCUUAGCUGAUAGUGGUAAUUGGAGUCUUAUUUCUUUUAAUUAUAUAACUUUGGAAUCACAAAAAGUAGCUGAACUCACUACUAGUAAAAGCUUUGGAUUCAGUACAUCUUCAUUGGGAUAUGAACCAUCACUCCAAUUAGUGAUGAGCGUUAUGGCGACCAAUCAUCAGUUUUAUUUAGUUAAUUGGGAUUUCAAAAAUAGUAUUUUUGUUGGCUGUUACGAUGGUAAGGGUAACUAUUACAUCUUGUUUAACCCAGAGGCUGGAAAUUGGAGAAUCACAAGUUACGAUAUAUUUGGUAAGGGUUUGUCACCAGUGCAAUACGAGAUGCUUGAAGGUCACCAUUUCUACAAGUUUUUCAUGGCGGUUUCAUACAGGGACAGCCAACAACAACAACUCUACGGUGUAGAGGUGACUAAUUUUACGAAUGGCACCGCUAUAUAUGAGUUGUAUGGCAUCUUCCUCGAUAGCUCGAGCAAUACCGCCAACGUCAUCAUGCUCCACCAAGCUUUUACAACUCGAUCCGAUUACUACGCGGUGCCAGCAGUUGCCAACUCACAAUCUAUCGUAUUCUAUACAAUCAAUCAACAACAACAAUUGGUUACAACCAUUAUUAAUCUAUCUAAUUUACAAACAACAAUCUAUACAACCAACACAGAUUAUGCUGAAGAUGUUACUCUAUUCUUACUAUAA